AUGUCUACCUCGAGUUCCAUCCAACACGACGCCGUUGAUAUCGCUUUUCAGGCCAAAGAUGGUCGCCGUUUAGCAAACGACAAGAAUAUCGCUUACAUAUUACCCAGUGAUGAAUUGGAAGUCGACCGACUGAAACUAAAUCAUGAGAUGUGGAAAUUGUACAAGUCAAAAAUCCAUGAACAGCUGGAGAAAGGCAUUCGUGUGCUUGAUAUCGGUUGUGGUCCUGGAUGGUGGACUCUGGACAUGGCGCGAUUGUAUCCCAACUCGCAGUUUGUGGGUAUCGAUAUGGCGGAUGUUUUCCAAACAAGUGAUGUACCAUCCAAUGUCACGUUUCAAAUAUGCAAUGCCAGUACGGGUCUGAAAUUCGAAAAUGAGUCGUUUAGCUUUGUGUUCCAGCGGUUCCUGGUGAUGGGAUUCCCCGUGGAUCAGUAUCUGCAGUCAGUUGACGAAAUGAAACGGGUGCUUAAACCUGGUGGUGCCAUUGAAAUUAUCGAACUGGUGAAUGAUUAUAAGAAUGCAGGACCCGCUUUUACAAAGAUUGGCCGCGGCAGUAUGGAUUCCUUUAUUGCUGAUAAAAUUUCCGGAUUCUUGAACAAAGCCGGCUUUGUUGAUAUCCAAGAUAUCAAUUAUGAUGUACCCAUCGGUGCGUGGGGCGGCGAAGCGGGAGAAAUGUUUUUAGCGAUUCAAAAAAUGGCCCUCCCAGCUGUCAAAGUGAUGGUGACUGAACUGACGUCGAUCACCUCGGUCGAAUAUGAUGAAACGGUUGAGCAAGCUUUUAAAGAAGCCGAUACCCAUCGCGUUUCGACACGUUUUAGACAAAUUUACGGACGUAAACCAUAA